AUGUCGCGUUCUCUCCUCUCGCACGCUCUACCUCCCUGCCUACCGCGAUUCACGCCCAGCACGCCGCUCUGUCAGCACCAUAACGGUCAGAUUAACGGUCGCACGCUUCAACGACAGCCCUCGCUCGAUCCGUCACCGCGUCGCUCUCGCCGCUCCCCCCGCGGCAUCUCAGCGUCCCCCUUCCAGCCGUCGUUGCGCCCAUCCACUCUCUCCAAGUCGAGCCAAUCCAACGGUCACCGCCACAGUCUCCGUCCCCGCUGGUCCCUUCUCGCCAUUCCUUCGCGACUUCGCAGCGGGACUCGCGAACAUAACAGUCGCCGCGCGGUCGCAGCCGCGGCGCACGGCGACGGAGCAAAGGAGUCGGUCGGUGGUGAGCGCGUGACGACGCCUGAUGCGACGAGCGGCGAUACAAAGAGGAACAGCGAGGGAUGUAGUGGCGAGACCGCCAGGGGCAGUGACAGUAGCGAAAGUAGUAGCACUAGCACGGCGCCACCAGGCCAGGAUGCAGGUUCUUUGCAUCCAUCCCCGCUUCAAGCCUCCUCGCCACAAAAACCAACCCUCGAUCCUCCCCCGGAUCCCACAAACGACCCCGCCACUCCCUCCCCCCCUUCCGCCAUCUCCCCGCCCACUUCCUCCACCUCCCUUCCUCCGCCCAGCUUCCCCGCGUGGUACUUCUCCCCGCGCCACGUGGCAGCGCACUACGCAGUCAGCCUCGACACAGGCCUAUCCGAAUCCGACGUGGCGCGGCGGCGCGCAGCGCAUGGGUGGAACGAGCUAGACCGGCCGGCGGGCACACCAUUCUGGGACCUAGUGUUGGACCAGCUCAACGACACACUAGUUAGAAUCCUCGUCGCCGCCGCUGUGGUCUCGCUCGCGCUGGCCGUGGCGGAGCAGGGCGGGCUAGGGGGCGCGGGAGGCGGAGCAGAAGGCGGAGGCGGAGGGGGGGGCGGGGGGCUGGCGGGGUACACGGAGCCGGUGGUGAUCGUGGCGAUCGUGGUGCUGAACGCGCUCAUCGGCGUGUGGCAGCAGGUGCAGGCGGAGCAGUCGCUGCAGGCGCUCAAGGAGCUGCAACCGCAGACGGCGCGAGUCAGGCGGGCCGCGGUUCAUGCCGUGAACAUGGAGGGAGGCCAAGGCGGCCGGGAGGACGACAGUGACGGACCAGCAGCGCCAGCAGCAGCAGCAGCGCCAUUCAUAACGGUGCCGGCACGCGAGCUGGUGCCGGGGGAUGUGGUGGAGGUGCGCGCAGGGGACCGCGUGGCAGCAGACAUGCGCAUCGUUGCGGUGGUGAGCGGUUGUGUGCGGCUCAAUGAGUCCACGCUCACUGGAGAGAGCGAGCCCCAGGUGAAGCAGACGGAGCGGGUGGAGAGGAGGCGAGGAGGGGGAGAAGAGAGUGUGGAGGAAAGUCGGUGGGACAGCAGCAGCAGCAGCAGCGAUGACGAUCUGGCAGUUGCGAGGACAGUCCAGUCAAAGGCCAACACGCCGUUUGCUGCUGGUGGGGGCAGUGAGGAGGAGGGAGCAGCGCAGCAGGCAGAUUGGGACAUUAGCAGCAGCGACGGCAGCGACAACAGCAGCAGCAGCAGCAGCAGCGACGGCCUGGAGAUCCAGGCAAAAGCCAACAUGGCGUUUGCAGGAACGACAGCAGCGACCGGGUCAUUCAUCGGGGUGGUGGUGGCGACGGGCAUGGCGACAGAGGUGGGGCGCAUCCAGGCGCAGAUCACAGCGGCUGCAGCGGAGGAGGCGGCGUACGACACGCCGCUGUCGCGCCGCCUGGAUGAGUUUUCAACCGCGCUCACCCAGGCCGUGGGCGCCAUGUGCGUGGUGUUGUGGGCGGUGAAUUUCGACCGGUUUGUGGCGUGGGACGCCGUGGGGCGGACUCUCGUGUUCAACGCUCAGCAGGCCACGUUCUACUUCAAGGAAGCAGUGGCGUUAGCAGUAGCAGCGAUCCCCGAGGGGCUGCCAGCAGUGAUCACCACAUGCCUGGCGCUGGGCACACGGCGCAUGGCAGACGCGCACGCUAUAGUCCGACGCUUGCCGUCCGUUGAGACGCUCGGGUGCACCACCGUGAUCUGCUCCGAUAAGACCGGCACGCUCACGACCAAUCAGAUGGCCGUUGCCAGCCUGGCGGUGCCACGUGGCGCUGACGGGGACGUGCGGUGGUAUGAUGUGUCGGGGACCACGUAUGACCCGGGCGAUGGGGAGGUGGUGGGGUGGAGAGGGGGAGGGGGAGGGGAAAGAGAGGGAGGAGGAGGAAGAAGAGAAGGAGGCGAAUCUAUUCUGAGUGAGGGGGGUAUGAGUGAAGGGAGUGCGAGCGGAGGGGGUGUAAGUGAAGGGGGUUUGAGUGAUGAGGGGGUUGGGAGUGCAGAGGUGGGAGUGUGGAGUGUGGCGGCCAUCAGUGCGCUGUGCAAUGACAGCAGCAUCACGGCCACCAAGGGGCGGUACGCCUGCUCUGGCAUGCCCACUGAGGCCGCUCUCAAGGUGCUGGCAGAGAAGCUGGGUGUACCGAGCGUGGAGCAGCAGGCGCGGAUAGAGGCGGCGCGCAAGGCCAGUGGGGAGGAGGGCGCCCUGUGCGUGGCGAGCACCUACUGGGAGCAGCGGUGGGCGCGCCUGUGCACUCUUGAGUUCGACCGCCUCCGCAAGUCCAUGAGCGUGCUCGUCACUCCCCUGGGGGGCCGAGACGCGGGGGAUUGGGGAGGGGCCAUGCAGCAGGGCGGGGCGGUGGGGGAGCAGGGGGCAAUGGGGGAGCGAGGGUCAGUGAGGGAAGGCACGGAAGUGGGGGAGGACGGGGAAGAAAACGGAGCCAUGAAGUGGCAGGGGGAGGGGGGGUGUGGGGCAAGCAACCGGCUGCUGGUGAAGGGAGCAGCGGAGUGCGUACUCGGCCGCUGCUCCUCCCUGCAACUCCCCUCGGGCACCGUUGUCCCCAUCUCCCCCUCCGCACGUGCCCGCCUGACCCACAGCAUUGCAGCCAUGGCCUCUCAGGGCCUGCGCGUGCUGGCCUUCGCCUUCCGCGACAACCUCCCCCCUGCCCUUGCAGGCUUGGAGGCGCCUCAAAAGUCGCUCGCCUUUCGUGAUCACCUCCCCCCUGCCCUUGCAGGCUUGGGUUUGAAGGGGCAGGAUGGGGGCGAGGGAAGCAAGGGAGCGGGUGAAGCGAGCAGGGAAGGGGCUGGUGGGGAUGGAAGGGAGGUGCAGGGGAGUGGAGAGGGGUGGAGUGAGGAGGUGAGGCGGUGGGUGGAGGAUGGGAGCCGGUACGAGGAGUUAGAGAGCGAGCUCACGUUUGUGGGGCUGGUGGGGAUCCGAGACCCGCCCAGGCCUGAGGUGCCGGGGGCCAUAGCAGCGUGCACGAGUGCCGGCAUGCGCGUGAUUGUAAUCACUGGGGACUCGGGGGCUACCGCUGAUGCUGUUGCGAGGCAGAUCGGGCUGUUUGGGCGCAGCGGUGGUGGUGGUGGGGAGAGAGAAGUAGACACGCACGGUGGCACGCAUGCUGACACGUAUCCUGCCACGCAUUCAUAUGCAGCAGCGGAGUUUGUUCGGCUACCAGAAGAGGAGCAGCUGAGGAUCCUGGCAGGAAGGCCAGAGGGGACACAAAGCACAGGCGGGGAGAGAGGUGGGGAUAGGAGCAGUGUGGGGGCGAGGGGCGGCAAUCUGGUGUUCUGGCGGGCGGAGCCGGCACACAAGCAGGCGAUCGUGAGGGCGCUGCGGGCGCAGGGCGAGGUGGUGGCCAUGACGGGCGACGGCGUGAACGAUGCUCCCGCGCUCAAGCUGGCUGACAUUGGCAUCGCCAUGGGCGCCACUGGAACUGAGGUGAGGGGUGGCGAGGCAGAGAGGUGGGUGGAGAGGGGUGCAGAUGGCACAGAGGUGGCCAAGGAGGCAGCGGACAUGGUCCUAGCAUGCCACCCCAUUCCACAUCCACAAGUGGCCCAUCUCACUCCCCACCCCAUUCCACAUCCACAAGUGGCCCAUCUCACUCCCCACCCCAUUCCACAUCCACAAGUGGCCCAUCUCACUCCCCACCCCAUUCCACAUCCACAAGUGGCCCAUCUCACUCCCCACCCCAUUCCACAUCCACAAGUGGCCCAUCUCACUCCCCACCCCAUUCCACAUCCACAAGUGGCCCAUCUCACUCCCCACCCCAUUCCACAUCCACAAGUGGCCCAUCUCACUCCCCACCCCAUUCCACAUCCACAAGUGGCCCAUCUCACUCCCCACCCCAUUCCACAUCCACAAGUGGCCCAUCUCACUCCCCACCCCAUUCCACAUCCACAAGUGGCCCAUCUCACUCCCCACCCCAUUCCACAUCCACAAGUGGCCCAUCUCACUCCCCACCCCAUUCCACAUCCACAAGUGGCCCAUCUCACUCCCCACCCCAUUCCACAUCCACAAGUGGCCCAUCUCACUCCCCACCCCAUUCCACAUCCACAAGUGGCCCAUCUCACUCCCCACCCCAUUCCACAUCCACAAGUGGCCCAUCUCACUCCCCACCCCAUUCCACAUCCACAAGUGGCCCAUCUCACUCCCCACCCCAUUCCACAUCCACAAGUGGCCCAUCUCACUCCCCACCCCAUUCCACAUCCACAAGUGGCCCAUCUCACUCCCCACCCCAUUCCACAUCCACAAGUGGCCCAUCUCACUCCCCACCCCAUUCCCGCCCGCAUGCCACCCAUCCCACAUCCACAGGUGGCCAAGGAGGCCGCAGACAUGGUCCUAGCAGACGACAACUUCGCCACCAUAGUCGAAGCAGUGAGGGAGGGGCGCGCCAUAUUCGACAACAUGCGCGCGUUCAUCCGCUACCUCAUCUCCUCCAACAUCGGCGAGGUCGUCGCCAUCUUCGCCGCGUCCCUGCUCGGCCUGCCCUCCUCCUCCUUCCUCCUCCCCGUGCAGCUCCUCUGGGUCAACCUUGUCGGGGAUGGGGCGCCGGCGGUGGCGUUAGGGUUUACGCCGCCCGAGGCUGAUGUGAUGGCACGGCCGCCGAGGGAGAGGGACCAGGGGCUGGUUUCCCCGUGGGUGCUGGUGCGGUUUGGGGUGCUCGGGGCGUAUAUCGGUGCUGCGACCGUUGGGGUGUUUUCUGUGUGGUUUUUGAAUGGGGAGGUGAUGGGAGGGGGUGGUGGAGGGGUGGAGAUGGGGUUGGGGGCGGUGGAGGAGAGUGUGGUGGGGACGGGGAUGGGGGGCGGAAAUGGAGGGUGGUUUGCACCGUUUGGGUUGGACAAGGAUGGGCAUUCGGCUGUGACGUGGGAGCAGCUGUCUCACUCCCGAACCUGCUCUGUCUGGUCCGUGCCUGCUGCUACUCUGACCGCCCCUCCUCUUGUAGACCCACCAGCAACCGCAGCAGCAGCAGUAGGAGCAGGAGUAGGCUCACCCGCACCUGCCCCGGCACCAGAAUCUCCCUUCAACCCGCAUCUCUCCUACACAGUAGCAGGAGGCGGCGUCGUCUCCUUCCCAACCCCAUGCGACUACUUCACGAGCGGCACGGCCAAGCCAUCGACCCUCGCACUCACCACGCUCGUCACCAUCGAGAUGCUGCUCGCCCUCAGCUCCGUCUCCGAGUACCGCAGUUUACUGCAAUCUCCACCGUGGAUAAACAAGUGGCUAAUUCUGGCCGUUGGUGCGUCCAUGGGGCUCCACGUGGCGCUGCUGUACUCGCCGCUGGCGGGCGUGUUUGAGGUGGUGCCGCUGACGUGGCAGGAGUGGGCGCUGGUGGUGGUGUUCUCGCUGCCCGUGCUGCUCGUGGACGAGGGCCUCAAGCUGGUGGGCAGACAAAUCUUUGCACGGCAGAGGGGAGGGGUCAGAUAG